UCAGCGAUCAGAGAGCGAAGAAGCACGUCCAAAUAGCUUUUCACGCUAGCUACCUGUCUUGCUAGGUCUGAUCCAAUUCACCCAAAUUUAGAGAGCUGUUAAGUGAGUGUGUCAAGAAAAAACCGUCAAAAGCCACGCUCGUUUCCCAGGUAUCACAUCCAGCGUGGUCACAUUCAACUGAUAAGAGCAACGCCCAAGUGAAUUAUGUGCUGCAGCUGAAGAUGGGUGGUAGCGGCUCCAAAUCCAAAGGAUUUUGGCCUUUCUCUGGCUCAGGCAGUGGUGACGACCAAUCCAAAGAUGCAAAUGAGCAGUCACUAGCAAGAGCACGAAGUUUCCCUGGCGCAACACCUUUUGUGUUUACCAGGCGAAGCUCUUUGUUCUUCGAUGAAGAUGGCGACCUGGCUCACGAGUUCUACGAAGAGACAAUUGUGACAAAAAAUGGCCGUAAAAAAGCCAAACUGAGGAGGAUUAACAAAAACUUGACACCUCAGGGAAUCAUAAAGCUGGACCUCCCGUGCAUCCAUGUUGAUUUCCCCGUCGUCCUUUGUGAAGUCUGACAAUGUCCAAGAAGUGUCUCUAGACAACCACGCUUGUGUCAGCGCCGUCCCGAGGUUUUCCCCCGUGCAACCUGGAAACCAGAAACUUUCCAAUAACACGCCACACAUCUCUUGAUAUAUUUGAAGUGCAUCCGUGGUCAAGACGAUGUCAUGUGAGCUGAGCCUCUGCAUGUGAUCUGUUGUUUGCGACGCUUUAUAGAUCACCGAUGGGAGAGAUGUAGGAUGGUGCCAAGUUGGCAAAACGUACUCGGUUUACAUGGUGUGUAUGCAUGUAAGUGUGUUGUUGCAGACACGGGCCGUGUUAAACUCCUGAAUUGAUUGCUGCAGAUUAUUUUCAGGUUUGGUUCUCUGAACUCUUCAAGGGGAUUAUUACCAACUCCUCCCCAUUUGUCGUAUUAUCUCGAGAAGGAAGGUAGUUGCACAUUUAAGCAUUUAUUCUUUCUUUUUCUUUUUAACUUUGCUAUGCAUGGGAAAAGGAUCAGAUGAUCGAUUGUAAUAAUGAAGGGAGUAGACAAUCAGUAGCCCUCCAAUUAAACUGAAUUGAUUCAAUGAUUUUGGCUCGAUGUCACACUGUAGUUACAAGAUGAGGAGAGACGUCCGCCGUGAGAUCUGAGUGUGUGCUCUGCUGCUUCCGCAUUCGAUAUUUCACAUUUAAUUUAUUAUAACUUUUUUUAAAAUAUAUUUUAAAAUGCCU